AUUUCUCUCCCCAUGAGAACCUUUUCGUUAAUGUCAUCAGAAGUUAGGCAGGUGAGCGGAAAAGGAAAAGAGAUCAGAGAUUUUCUUUUAGCUAUUGUUGCCAAUGGCCAUUUAAAAAAGUACUUCACUGCCCCGUCACCUGUAUAAAACCAUUAUAGAGCCUUUUGUUUCCUCGCACAGCUCGACAAAAGUUUCACUCAUUCAUCCUAGCCCUGCUAGAAUGGCCGUCCUGCAUUUACUCAUGGUACUUGCACUUCUGAGCACCCGCAAUUUGCUCGAUGCCCGUUUUAUGCUAGAUACAACCCCAUCCCCUAUGCCGGAAACAUCUAUUAGACUGGCCUCCCCACCAUCGCCAUCCUCACGAACUUCGGUGGCCAUGUCACCACUACCGUUGCCUCUUUCAGGCUCACCAACCUUGUCAUCUACUCCAAUGGCUGCAUUACCAUCAUCAUCGCCCGCUGUCCAGCCCUCUUUGCCAAUUUCCGGCUCAUCAAACUCGCCAUCCACUCCAGUGGGCACAUUCCCAAGUUUCUCACCUGGCGUCCUACCAUCAUUGCCGGGGAACAAGUUCGGGCCCUUCGACUUUAUCAUCUGCUCCAAUGGCCACAUUACCAUCUUUCCCAGGCUCAACAUUGCCUCAGCCAUCAAGCUCGCCAUCUUCAAUGUCUUUGCCGGGGCCGACUUUGCCUUCUAUCUCUAGCUUGCCAACCUCAUUGAUAUCCACUCCAUUCACCUCCUCGCAGUCUUCCUCGUCCAGCACGCAGCCAUCUUUUGCAGGGACGAUAGUACCACCGCCCUCCAGCUCGUCAAACCCACUCAGCGCCUUUCCCUCAACUGCUAGUCAACCAUCCACUCCGAUAUCUUUGACAAUCAGCACUUCUGGUUCUGGCUUACUUACAAUGGCCCUCCCACCACAUCAUCAACAAUAACACAAUCUCCUAACCCAACAACAGCAAUCAGUAUUUCCUCUCCAUCAUUCUCAAAUCCAUGGGUUCCCCCUCCGUGAUGCACGACUUCUAGAGUUUAAUCUCGAUAAUCUCACCAUGCUGCCAGCAAAACUUUGGCAACGAUGUUCUACAUUAUAUUGCUAUGGCCGAGGGCCACGAGCAAUGCACCUUGUGGUGCCUUGCAAGUUGAGUGAAAAAUCUCUAUUUGACAGGCACGCAGGACAAAUCUUACAUUUCACAGUACCAAGUACUAAAAAAAGAACGCAUAGGAGUGUAUCCACAAGAAGUAUAGUACAUUUACUAUUAGCGAUUAAUCAUAUAUUAUGUUUAAUACA